ACCUUCAAGGAAAACAGCCGGCCGGAAAAAACGCUUUCUGAGCCGAAAUUCUUGAUAACAUUUAAAUUACUGUUUCAGUUUGAUCUUCUUAAAAGUUGAGGCAUUCUGGAAGUCUUCACCCGAAAAUGAAAACAGUCACUUUAACACUUCGAAAAUUUUAGCACCUUUGAAAUGUUUGAAUUUUCGUCAUCACCAGUUGUGUAUCCUUAAACUCUUUUAUCUGCCACUUUUUUUUAGGAGGAACUGCGGACAAAAAGAAAAUAAAUCUAAAAGAGUGUGUGAAACGUAAUGAGUUUUGAGUCUCCCAGAGCUGACGAUCACGACGGAAAGAAAUUUAUCUCUCACACGGUCCGAAUAGGAGACGGAGAGAUUUUGGCGAAAUUCAAUCGCGCGCUGGCUUCCAUUGUAACAACAGAAGGAUUUGCCGCCCAGAUGGGGAAUGUUAAUGGAAAUUUAUGUCAUAUUCCCCAGAAGAAACUGAAGUUGGCGUCCUCUUUAUGGUAUCCGGAAACAGCCCUUCAUUAUCCGGUACCUGGGCUCGCUUAUCACUACCUUGUGGGACACGAAAGAGGCAUUGAUAAUCGAGAAAGAUCUUUUCAUGAGCCUGAGGCUGAAGCGGGAAUUCUACAGGCGAUCAAGGAAUACGAUGAAUUCGAGGAAUGGAUUGACGGCUCUACUAAACUCCGCUACUCACCGUAUAGCAGAGAGGCCCAAGCACAUAUUUCUGGGUGGGCUAUGAAAUAUACCAACAACCACAACAAGUUUGUACUUAAGAAGACUUGUGUUGGAGUACUGCUAUGUAGUGACGACUGCACACUGCCAAAUGGGCUUAAAAUUGUCGUUAGACCUGCUAUAUCUGAUAAAGUUCGGGAAAGACAAAUGGGUCAAAAUUGUCCAAACGCCACGUGCACAGGAACACUCGUCCACAGAAAGUGUACAGGUAACAACGGAUAUCCAGUGACCCACUUUUGGGUCCAUCAAGAGGAUGGAAUCUAUUUUGAGUCCAAAGGUACCCAUGAUCACUUCAGGCCUCAAGCAAGAAGAGCAACUCCGGAUAGAAAUUCAAAUAACAAAGUUAGCAGCAGCCAGAAAGGUAACAGCGAGCAAGUGGAGAACACAGAAGACAAAACAGAGAAACAAGAGAAUGCUUCGACGUCCUCUGAUGGAAAAAAGCACAAGUCUAGAAAAAGACAAUACGCUGAAAUAGAGGAAAAUUUACUUACAAGGCAAUCAGAGAUCGUGCAGUUGUCCUCUUCGCUCUCGUCUGGAUUAUUGAGAGGUUACUCAGUUGAGGAAGAAGACCAAUAUAUCUGUGUGACUGUACCCGAGUCAGAAUCCCUCUUUCAUAGGGCUCUGUCACAUGAUCAAACGAACAUUACCACAUACGGGAAACUUUACUUACUAUGUCAGACAUUCCACGAUGUCAUUCCCGGAUUUGACUUGCUGGAGACCCGUAUGAUAUCUCGAAGCGUGAUGGGAUGGCCUGUUGUUAUGGCAACGUUAUAUCGGCAAGGAACGAAGGAAGGGCAAAUUCACCAUAUGAAGACUUUGGCUCGCCUUUGUUCCACGCCCGAUGAAGACUUCUUUUCGCCCAAGUGGCAGAUGGUUAUCCAUGAUUUCCCCGCUGACCAGGCACAGAUGGUGACCGAGGCCAUAGUAAACAUGAUCAUCAAUACUCAAGUGCAAACUCUCCUUAAGGUCUUCCAGUACAAAAGCGUCAGCUCAUUGUACAAAAUGCUCCGAGAAAAGAUCACCAGCAGUUUACAGAGCUACGACAUGCAUUUUGAACUGUGCAAGCGAGAGAUAAUUACAAGGUUACAAGAUCCACUACUCACAAUGAAGUUCCGCGACAUGACGCAAAGGCUCACGGGAGAGAAAUGCACUGCACAGGAAUAUGUUAGCACGGACUGCAUGUUGUCAGGGGGAGUAUUUGGAUCAGUUAUAAGAGAAUUCUGGAAUUUCUGGGGAAGUAACAUCGUGGCUCCGAAAGUGUUCUCUGUCGCCGAUGAAUUAGUGGGAAGAAGAGAGAAGUCGGAGCAGUGGCAGAGUACACAGAGAGGUCUCACAUUUCCCAGCGAUCCACAGAAAGUAACUUUACACCACAUGGCCGAGGUAGUGGUCACGUGGUGUCAAUAUCAGGCUGAUCAUUGGCCGAAAUCAGUUGUGCAAGAAAGUAUGGCAAAGUUUAUACAUCUUCGACCGGAAGAGAAGCGACUUCACUACGCUUUAGAAAGACCAGGGUCCGCGUUUCAUCGACCAGUCACAUACCCCACAUUGCCCAUGCCCAGAUUUCAAUGGUGCUGAGUGCAUGGGAACCACUUGAUUUUAAGUUUUUUGUAAAUAAAUAACACUGCUUUAAUGGAGCAUUAUUGAAACACUUAGUGCUGCGGCAAGUUCAGUAAAUAUUGUAUAAAAUUCUUACAAAAAAUCUGGUUGAUUACAAUCAAGGCAGCGCUUGGUCGCUGUAAACGUAAAUGAACUCAAUUCUAGCAGUGCUACCGCUGACCAUUAAACCUGAGGACACUGUUUCAUUGAAACUUAUCAGUCAUUGGAAAUGCUGACUGUUAAAAAUUAAAGUCCCUUAGCAACCUCGUUUUUAAUGGGGGCAGCAUAAACCUUCUCUUCGAGGAUUCGAAUAACAAAUAUGGUUACGAAAAGACGUAGGGUGAUUAGGGAAAAAUUGAAUUUUUCAAAUUCAACGAAGAAUUGAAAUCCAUUUUACUAUAUGAUAUGUCUUACAAAGUUGUUACUUGUUGUUUUAGUUGCUUUUUCUGUCGUUAAGUAUCGAAUUGUAAAUAAUAUGUACCGUCUGGGAUCAUUGGAUAAUGAUGCUUUGGCAAAUUGAUAUUGGUACAAUCUAAAAAAGAAAAAACUUUACCAAGGUUUUAGACAGAGAAGAUAAUUGUUUCUCGAGGAACAAACAACAACUAAUAAGCAAUCAGCUAAAAAAUAUACCUUAAGCUAGAGUAAAAUUUAAAAAAAAUGUAGAUAUGAAAAUUUGUACGUAUCAUUAAAUGUCACUUAUUAAGUAAAAAAUAACUUACGACUUA